CCAAGCUCUACCCAUCUUCUGAUCUUCAUUUCUUCAGUUAGUACUUACUACUCUUUAGUCGCCUUACCGUUUAACCGUUUCCGAGUUCCGGCGACAACUGCCACGGCAACCAGAAAACGGAAUCAAAAAUAUGCUUUCACUUCUCAAACGCACCAAAAUUACGGCCUCCGUUUCCGCAAUCAAACACUUGUCCACUAAAGUCUUCAGUCUCUCUAUCCUCGCCAUUCCCAAACCGCCCAUUUCUGCACACCAAAGAAGAACUGUUGGUGUAGGGUUGGGUUUAGGGUUUAGUCGACAAGUAAGCGACAAGACCACUUCCGAUUACGACCACAUUAGGGCUAAUGUUAACUGCCCUAGAUGCUCCUCUCAAAUGCCUGUCCUCUUCUCGAACCGUCCGCUUUCAAUCACAGCCCGAGAAACUGGUAUUUACCAAGCCGUCAAUUUCUGCGCUAAUUGUAAGACAGCGUUCUAUUUUAGGCCGCUUAAGUUGGAGCCGUUACAGGGAAGUUUUAUCGAGCUUGGCAGGGUGAAGGGUUUAGACGAUGGUAGUAAUGGUAAUGUUGGUUGUAAGAGUGUGGAGGGGAUUAUCGAGAAAGAUGGUGAUAGAAUUGGAAAUUUGGAGGAAGUUUCUGAUGAUAUGAGGUUGGAGAAAAAGUUGCCCACACCUAAGGAGAUUUCUAAAGGGCUUGAUGAGUUUGUGAUUGGGCAGGAUAAAGCAAAAAAGGUUCUUUCUGUGGCAGUUUACAACCACUACAAAAGGAUUUAUCAUGCCUCCAGACAAAAAGAGUCACGAAUAGACUUCAGUUACAAUGAUCUUCAAAAUGAUGACAAUGAGUUUGUUGAGUUAGACAAGAGCAAUGUAUUAUUGAUGGGUCCCACUGGUUCAGGGAAGACAUUACUUGCAAAAACACUAGCUCGCAUUGUGAAUGUGCCUUUUGUAAUUGCUGAUGCAACAACACUAACACAGGCCGGUUAUGUCGGGGAAGAUGUGGAAUCUAUUUUAUAUAGGCUACUAGAGGCAUCUGAAUUUAAUGUGGAGGCAGCUCAGAGAGGAAUUGUCUACAUUGAUGAAGUUGAUAAAAUGACUAAAAAGGCAGAGAGUUCCAAUAUUGGCCGAGAUGUAUCCGGAGAGGGUGUUCAACAGGCAUUACUAAAAAUGCUGGAAGGAACUGUAGUAAAUGUUCCUGUUCCUGAUAAAGGACCUCGGAAGCAAUCUCGUGGUGAUACAAUUCAGAUGGACACAAAAGACAUCCUUUUCAUAUGUGGUGGCGCAUUUGUUAAUUUGGAGAAAACCAUUUCAGAAAGACGACAAGAUGCUUCCAUUGGCUUUGGAGCACCAGUUCGUGCAAACAUGAGGACUGGUGGAAUGACUGAUGCUGCUGUGACAUCAUCAUUGCUGGAAUCUGUAGAAAGUGGUGAUCUAAUCGCAUACGGCCUGAUUCCUGAAUUUGUUGGACGCUUCCCGAUAUUAGUGAGCUUAUCAGCAUUGAAUGAGGACCAACUGGUUCAGGUCCUUAUGGUGCCAAAAAAUGCUUUCGGAAAACAGUACAAGAAACAGUACAAGAAGAUGUUCAAUAUGAAUAAUGUCAAACUGCAUUUUACUGAGAAUUCGUUGAGAUUGAUUGCCAAGAAAGCAAUGGCUAAGAACACCGGUGCCCGAGGAUUGAGAGCUAUCUUAGAAAAUAUUCUUACAGAAGCAAUGUAUGAGGUGCCAGAGAACAAGACAGGAACCAAUUAUAUUACUGCAGUUUUGGUUGAUGAAGAGGCUGUUGGGUCAGUGGAUGCACCAGGAUGUGGAGCAAAAAUUCUUUAUGGGGAUGGUGCAAUUGGGUGUAAUUUUCACCAAAUGAAGUUAACAAAUUCUAAGGAUAAUAGUCGGGUUGCAGAAGGAGUCAUCGGAGUGUGAACCAGAGUUUCAAUCGAGAGCCCUAUGCCUGUAACUAAUUAGCUAGCCUGUGUAUAUUAUGUCUACAUGUAUACUUUACAUGAUAUGAUUGCAACGCAAAAGCCUAGCAAGUUCGUAUUAGUUAUGCUCGCUUUCUGCAAGUGAAAACCAAAAACCAAGUUUAGUUUGACAGUGAAUGAAGUCAUGAUAAUGAUUGUGGAUUGGUUCAUCAAUGGAGAUGCAGCUGGGGAGAAUUGGGAGCUGGCCCUCGAUACUAACUCAAGUAGCUAGACUCAACAUCAAAGAGAAAAUUUCAGAUCGGAAGCAGAACAACAGAACUUCCCAACCCUUCUUCAUUAGUUGAUGGCACUGAAAUAUAAACCUAGAUAUUGCAACUUCUUAUCCAGGUUUAAGCAACAUUUUUCACGGUACAUUGAAAGAAUUUUCCCGAGUUUGCCUCAAAUAAUCAUUGACGUUUUGUAGUA